CCUCACCAUGUUUAAAAAACCUUCACGUACAAAGAAUAUCCGACGAAAAGUUGAGACUGAAGAAGAACCUAAUGAAGAGGUUGUCAUCAAAAAGACAUUAACGUCCGCUGACAAGAAGAAAAAGACCAAGGUAUCAGUCUUGAGUUUUGACGAUGAGGAAGAAGGCGAUGUAGAAGAAUUUCAAGUGAAAAAGUCAAGGGCCAGUAAAAGUGUUCAAUUACAAAUACCAGAUAACUUGACUCCAAUGGAAACCGAAACUUCUACAACAUCACACUAUGAUGCGGAAUCAUUAAAGAAACUUCGUGCUGGAACACCAAGUUUACCAGCCUCUGUAAAGACCUUAACCAACGAUGAUCAGGCCCUUUUACACGAGAAAUUUCCUUCUACCAUGAAUCCAACUGUGGAUGGCGUAGGGAUUCCCGACGCAGGUGCCAUUUUAGCUGCUAAAAAGAAACGGGAACAAAUGCGUAAAGGAAUUUCGAUCACAGAAGAUGAUGGAUUUAUUUCAUUAAACGAUACAGAGGAAGAUAAGACCGGGUCUCGUUUAACAAGAGAAGAGGAUGAUAUUGGGGAUGACGGCGAGGCCGAGUUUGAAAAAUACGUGGGGGAUAAAUUCACCUUGAAUAAGGGCUCUGCCAAAUCACAAGAGAAAGAGCGUAGAGCCGGUGUACGUGAAUUAAUUGAAGAGGCAGAAGACGAUAAUCAGUCAGAGGAUAUGGAGAGAUGGGAGGAGGAAAUGAUGAAAUAUGGUGGAGCCAGAGCACAGACAAAAGAUUUCGACCCUUAUGCUCCUCCAUUAAACUAUAGACCCGCUCAAAUUCCCGAGUCAUCAACAUUACCUGUACUAAGUGACGUGAUGAAAUCACUCGAUAUUAAUACAGAGCAAGUGACCGAAUCCAUGAACCACUAUAAAUCCAAUCUCGAAGAAUCUUUAAAGACGCUUGAAAAUUCACAUAUUGUUGAAGCCGAUUUAACUAAAGAGAUCAACAAGGCAAGUAAACGAUACAAUUACUUUCAAGAACUCGCACAAUAUGUGAAUGAUUUGGGCGAACUUUUAGACGCCAAGUUUCCAGAAUUAGAAAAAUUAGAAUCUCAAGUACACGAUGUCAUUGCUACUAAAACCGAAGUGGUAACAGCGCGUAGAUGGCAACAUAAUUUAGACGAUUUAUGCUUGUUUGCAGAUAUACCAGCAUCCUCUCAAAUGGAUGAAGAUAUGGAUGAACCCGAAGUGGAUGAAUUUGGAAGAGUAAGAGAAUUACGUAACUCGGAUGCUGCUCGUGAGCGUAGAAGAGCCGAAAGACUUGGGCGUGUUCAACAACAAGCAGGUCUUGACGAUUUAGAAGCGGACGAGGCAGUAAGAGAACAAGGUUUAUGGACAGAUGAUGAAAUGGGCGAAGAUUAUUCUGUGCAGAAAGAUACAAAAUUAGCUUCGAUUCAGACAGAGAAAUUGGAUGAAUUAAUGUCGGAUGUAGGAGCAGAGUUUAAAUCACUACGUAUUGUCAAGGACAAGUUCGAGGCUUGGAAGUUAGAGUACUAUGAUGAUUAUCAAAAGGCUUAUGGUAGUCUUAGUUUACCAGGUGCUUUUGAGUUUUAUGUUCGAUCAGAACUUGUCUCUUGGGAUCCCUUUUCGGAUCCAAUGGAUUUUGAUAGUAUGCAGUGGCACAGUAUUUUAUCCGAGUAUGGUGUUUCUGUCGAACAUGAGGAUCCUGACAUUGAAAUGCUGAAUAAGGUUGUUGAAAAGUCCAUGGUGAAGAAAGUUAAGAGUAUGUUGGAUACAUUAAAUGCAGCCUCAUCGAGAGAUAUGAGAUAUGCAUCGCAAGUGAUCGAACAAAUCUCGUAUUAUGUCGAUACGCAUGAAAAAGCGUAUAAAGAUCUUUGUGAUGAAUUGAUGCAAGUAUUGGAAAAGCAAAUGCUUCGAUUUGCAGAUACAUUAGAAAAUAUUAUUCUUAAAUCAGAUCUUCAAGGCCAACAAAUAGAAGCGAAACAUCGCUUCUUUUGGAGUCAAUGUAAAUAUUUAAAAACUCUCAUGGUGUGGCGUCGACAUGUGCCUAAAUUCCAGUUGGAUCGCUUGGGUGAUAUGAUUAUGUAUCGAGUGAUUACACCUAUUCUUAAACCCGAGACUUAUCCUGCUGAUCUUCAUCUUCAAAACGAAGCUAUCUUACUCUUGUCUCAUUUAAAAAAGUAAACUCACACCCUUCCUCCUGCUCCUCCUCCUCCUCUUCUUUGUAUCCCCACCACUUUUUUUUUUAUUUGUCCAAGAAUGUAAAUACCAGAAUGCGUUUACUAAAAAGAAGGGAGGACCUCAUUGAAAUAACAAUGCGAUGUAAUCACAUACCACUGAUCAAUCCUCUUACAUGUGUCGGUCUUUUUUUUUUCAAGGGGAAUUGGAUAUGAACAAAAAAAAAAGGGGACAUAUCGGCACCCUGACUGAAGGAGAGAAACAUUGUACGUCUUUACAAUCUUAAAGGAAAUAGACAUUACCCUAAAGGGACCUUCCCUCGGCCCGUCUAAAAAGAAAACGGGGGUGGAUAACUAGCGUCAUAUUUAAAAGUUUAGCAAUAAACAUGCAUGCGAAAUAGAUCACCCUUUAUCGCAGCUUUGAUGGAACUACGAUG